AUGAAAAUUGUGAGAAAAUCCUCCAAGAAAAAAUUGAACUACAAAAAAUUAUACAAAAUUUCUAAUAAGAUCUACAAAACCAGAAAUAUUGUACAUGAAUCUGUCCCAAUAUCCAAAGACGAAAAAGACAAUAAAAUCGAAAAAAAAUGGGGUGAAAUUCCCCUAAAAAAUCCUAUUUUACACCACCAUUAGCUCCUAUACAUGAUCGAUGGUUUUGAUUAAAAAAGAGGGCAGAAAGUAUUUGGACACCGAGGUUAUUUUUUAAAAAACUACGGGCUAAUAUUGCUCUAAAGUUUAAUUAAUUAUGGUUAAAAUUUACUAAUGAAAAGAAAUUAUACCCCAAUAUAAACUCCAUUUUUAAUGAAAUCUCAUAUAAUGCACGAAAUUUGCCAACUAUAAGAAUUUGAGGAAAAUCUAUAUAAAAUUUAAUAAGAAGAUCAAGAAGAUAUGUACCUAAUAGCCACUUCAGAAUAGCCUUUAUGCGGUCUACAUUCUUAAGAAUGGAUAGACUAGAAAAAUCUCCCAUUUAAAUAUGCUGGGAUUUCUUCCUGUUUUCGAAAAGAAGCAGGAGCAGCAGGAAGGUAAACUUGGGGAAUUUUUAGAGUACAUUAAUUUGAAAAAGUAGAAUAGUUUAUAAUUUGUGAACCUUAAAAAUCUUGGGAAGAAUUUGAUAAUAUGAUUUAGAUUUCGGAAGAGUUUCUGUAAAACCUGAAAAUACCUUAUAGGGUUGUUAGUAUCGUUUCAGGGGCUUUAAAUGGUGCUGCUGCAAAAAAAUGUGAUUUGGAAUGCUGGUUUCCAGGGUAUAGGGAAUAUAAAGAACUAAUGUCAAUUUCUAAUUGUACAGAUUAUUAAUCAAGAUAACUUAAUAUUUAAACUGGAGAACCUAAAAAUAAAUAAUAUGUGCAUUUGUUAAAUGGGACUUUAUGUGCAGCUUAAAGGACACUUACUUGUAUUUUAGAAAAUUACUAAGAAAAAGAAGGAAUUAGAGUUCCUGAUGUUUUAUAACCUUAUGUGGGCAUAGAUUUUAUAAAGUUUAAGCACGAAUAACCAAAAAAUAAUUAAUUUGAUUGA